AUGUCCAUGUCACAGACAACAGUUCUCUCGCUCGAGCAACAUCAAAUGCUCAAGUCAUUUAUACCUGCCUUUAAGAUUGCAAAAAACGGGUCAGUAGAUGAGCUAGAGACAUUUUGGGAUAGUGUCGAGUCCCAAUUUUUCAUGAUGUGGCCGGAACGUGCAGUCCACUAUCCAGAGAUACUGCUGACUGAGGAGUUGAGUAGCUUGGAGCAGGCAAUAGUCAAUCGUGCGAUCAUACUCAGGCGUCGCCGUAUACAAUGGUUCAUCCACAUGAACUAUUUGUUCAGAGAGUCAUCUACACGUCCAACUACCCUGAAAAGUUAUUUUGCGGUCAAAAAAUACAAAAGGAAGUACGAGGAUUUCUGGUCUGACAUUAACAUAAAAUUCUUCGAGCAUUGGCCUGAGCGGAAUGCUCUCUUCGGUGACCUGCCAGACAAUGAGGUACUUACACCAGAGCAAAACGAAGAUCUAGCACAAGCUGUUGCAGAGACCAAAAAGCAGUUAAUCACCUGGUAUAGAUGGCAAACAAAUCUGUCAUGUCUGGGCCGUAGAAAUGGUGUUAGGGGGGUGCUGAAGUUUGACACUGUGUUAGCCGGUGGUGUUGAGAUGAAAGGUACCUGUGCUCCCCAAAAAAUGGACAUAUACUCUAGCAAAUUCUACGAAAAGAAGAUCAAGCACGUAGCAGACAAGGCCAUUCAAGAGCAGAACAUUACCAAGCGAGGUCCAAAGUUGAAUAAACGUCGCGAUAUUGUUCGCCAGAUGUACAUGGCAGAGAGCGAAGAAGUCAAAGCUAAGAUCGAGAGGAAGUAUUCUAAAGCAAAGGCGAAGUAUGCAAAAACUCGCACAAAUCUGCAAAAAAAGAAGGCACCCAAAGUCGAUGAAGAAACUAAAACAAAGGCAAUUUGCGAACUGGGACCCAUGCUGGAUCGUAUUCUUCAAUACCUCGGACAUAUCAUGGGUGGUUGGAAGUUCACCAUGUUGAUGGGGGGGCACGAUCCAAGUACCGGCAAAGUGUCUGUAUUCAACUACCACAUUGGGGAAUUGGAGAGCAGCGCACAGUUUGACCAAGCAUACAAUAACUUUGAUUCGAUGCAGAGCACUUUCUUGAGCUUUGUCAAGGAUGCCAUUGUGUUUGACUCAGCGUUCUCCCAUGAGGCAGACAGUGUCGAAGAUUUGGACGAUAGUAUUGACGAGGACGAUAAAGAUACUUCCUCAGACUCAGUGGCAGGUGAUGAUAGCGGGGUGCAUGAAAGUUCCUGGGACCAAGGCUUGUAUAGGAUGGAUGAACCGGAUGAUUCUCUCACUGGUAUCACAAUGGCCUCCUCUGACCAUACUAUUACAUCACUCUUGAGCAGCAGUGAUGCAUUACCAGACACUGGUAAUGCAUUGGGUCAUACAUUACCAGGCACAGGUAAUGCACCGGGUCAUGCAUCACCGGCACCUGUCAGUAAUCCACUGCAGGUGUUUCAAUAUUCCCAUCAAGUCCCAUAUGAUAGUCUCUUGAAUGCUGACCCGGCUGCUUUUGACCCGUACUCUUUCAUCAAUAAUGCUCCCCCCGAGGUCAUAUUGGCCCUCAAAGCUUUGGACUUUUUGUCAUCUGAUGGCUUUACUUUUCCUGACCUUUCGCAUUUGGACACAAACUACAUUCCUAUAACAGAAGUAACUCUUCCUGCGGUACCCUUUUCAAACACAAACAUCACUCCUUCAUUGACUCCCACGCCCACUCCUUUGUGGACUCCCAUGCCAACUCCUUUGUGGACUCCCGCGCCCACUCCUUCAUUGACUCUUGUGGCCACUCCUUCGUCAACUCCUGCACCCACUCCUUUGUUGAAUCCUGUGUCCACUCCUUCGUUGACUCCUGCACCCACUCCUUCAUUAAAUCCCACGCCUGCUCCUUCAUCGACUCCUGCACCCGCUCCUUCAUCGACUCCUGCACCCAAUCCUUCGUCAACUCCUGCACCCAAUCCUUCACAACAACAACAGUCUCGGCGAGUUGGCGGUGGGAAGCGUAAUCAUGCCAAAAUGGUUGACAGUAGUCAACCACCAGAUGCUACUGCACCUGAGGGAUCUCGUCUUCAUCAUCACCAUGUUGCAUUCAAUCCACGAGAGCGAGACAAUGCAAUUGGUGACCCAAUCCCACGCAAUGACUGUAGGCACAGUGAAAAUGGUGGAUCCCACAAGAGGGCACAACGCUCGUGA